AUGAUAAGAAGCUAUGAAAACACUUCAGUGACCAUUUAUAUAGGAAUUUCUCUUUUUAUAUUGUUGGUGAUGUGUGUAAUUGGAUGCUUUUGGCACCGGAAACGCUGCAGUAUAAGAAAAUUUACCCUACCAAGUAUUUUGAAAAUAGGAAGAAGCAGAAAACUCUCUUCUACUUCCAAGAUUACACACCAAAGUCAGAAACCACCAGUUCAAACUGAAGACUACAUAUUUGCGGGUGGAGAGUCUAAGAUAGAGGUAUGCUAUGAAAAUUUGAAGAUGGGUCCUCUUAAUACUGAAGAAGGAAAGGAUGAUAAACUUUAUGAGAACUCUCAGCAGUCCAAUUUUGAGGACCACAUCUAUGGAAAUGAGGCACCAUUUGAUUAUAAUAACUCCCAGAAGUCCGGUGCUUCUGAAGACUGCCAAGAUGAAGACAUAUAUAUUCUUCCUGAUAAGUAUUAG